UGGGUGAGAGAGCAUGUCGAACACGUUAUAAGAGCGUGCGAUUUCCUGGCAGAUUAUGUCUUUCAUUCUACUCAUCAUCAAGCAACUCAUUGGAUAAACAUCAAUUCAAGAGCAUCUUCAGUUCCGAUAACAACAUUUUAAACCAGAUCAACAAGUUCAAUCACAACAUCUAUACACUAUCUCCACUCUGCAACUAUAUCUUGCAUACUGCAGCCCUAUAAAACCACUACUAUAUACAACUCACUAUCUCUGGGAAAGCACUACACAUUCCGAACACAAUGGAAUCCACCAAGAACAACGCCCGACGAGUCUGGUCCUCAAUUGUCCGCCAUGCCAAAGAGCACCAUGAGUCGGUCAACGCGGCUGUAGUUGCAUACUACCCCCAGCCAUCACCUGCCUUCACACCUGGCAGCAAGUCUGCGGCAUCCUCUGUCCUGUCAUCCCCACGAUACUCGUUCGAGAAGCCUCAGUAGAAGCUUUGAGGGGAGUUGGUAUAAUACACGAAGCGGAUGAUUAAUGUGUUGGCUAGGAUAAACUAUGGGCUGAGAGUUAUUGCUUAUUGCUGGUCUAUUUUAAAGGAUUUGAAAGGAGUAUAUAUAUGAGUUAAAUGAUUAAUAAUAAUUAGACAUUAAAUACAAAAUAAAUAGUUAUAUAAGAGCCACGCACUGUGAUCUAAGUUUAUGGAUUAGUUAUAUACCCGAGCCAACUUUCCACGUCUCGUGCGGACUUCUACAGUCUGUCUCGGACCAGUUAUAUAAUUAUAUAUUUGAAACACGUUGUGAACAGGGACAGUGAUUACUGAACAACUCCGUCUUCUUGCGGAGUUGCGGAGUUAUAGUUGCGAUAACCUCGAUAAAAGAACCGAGAUAUCCAUCAACAUCCGUUAAAUAGAACGCGCAGCAGCACAUAGCUGUAAUUGAAAGCCACAUUGGUAAGGACUUGGAGAAA